AUGUGGGAGUCGGUCUCGGUCAUGUCGGCGUCCGAGUUUGGCAGAACAAUCACCAACAACGGCUUUGGCACCGACCACGGCUGGGGCGGCCACGCGCUACUCGCCGGCGGCGCCGUGCGCGGCGGCCGCCUGUUUGGCCGCUACCCGGGCACGCUGCUCGUCCCCGCGUCGGACAAGCUGCAGAUGCGCGGCCGCUUCAUCCCGACGACGCCGUGGGAGGCCGUCUUCAACGCGCAGGCGCAGUGGCUCGGCGUGCGCGACGAGGCGCUCCUCGCGGCGGUGCUGCCCAACCGCGCCAACUUUGAUGGCGACAUCCUGCUCGCCAAGGCCGACGUCUUCAAGGCGGCAACGCCGACGCCGCGACCAGGGACGAAGGCCCUUGCACCCGACAUGGAGGUGGAGGUGGCGUGA